AUGUCGGUAAGAGGGCCCCCUCUUGCAGGAGCAUUUAAAGAACGACCAACGAAGCCCACAGCUUUCCGCAAGUUUUAUGAGCGGGGAGACUUCCCGAUUGCCCUUGAGCAUGAUACUAAGGGAAACAAAAUCGCCUGGAAGGUAGAGAUUGAAAAGCUGGACUAUCAAUACUAUCUGCCUUUGUUUUUUGAUGGGCUUUGUGAAAUGACAUUUCCAUAUGAGUUUUUCGCUCGUCAAGGAAUCCAUGACAUGCUGGAACAUGGUGGAAGCAAGAUUCUUCCUGUGAUUCCUCAGCUCAUUAUCCCAAUAAAAAAUGCCCUGAGCCUUCGUAACCGACAAGUCAUCUGCAUCACGCUGAAAGUCCUCCAGCACCUUUUGGUGUCUGAUGACAGGGUGGGGAGGGCCUUGGUGCCCUAUUAUCGGCAAAUCCUCCCAGUCCUAAACAUCUUUAAGAAUAUGAAUG